AUGAAAGAAGAAAUUAGAGAAGUGCAAGCUAACGAAGAAAAAUGUGAAUGUGAUGUGGAUUCCGCCAAAUCGGUGAACGGGUCUAACCUGCAGAAUGGAGUAAGCAACGGCCAUUCCGAGGGUUCCGGUGGCGGUGGUGGUGCGACUGGUGGUACCAGUGACGAUCGCCACAAGAGUCACAAAAGCUCCAACAAGGACAAACACCGGGACAAGGAUCGGAGCCGCUCGGAUGGCAACAAGGACAAGGAACGAUCGAACGAUAAAGAUCGCGAUCGGGACAAGCACAAGAUCAGCUCGUCCUCGUCAAAGGACAAGGAUCGCGACAAGGACAAGUCCAGUAGCAGUAGCAGCAAGGACAAGGAUCGCAACCGUCACAGCACUUCGCACAAGAGCUCAAAAAUUGACAAGGAUCGCGACAAGGACAGGGAGUGGGAGAAGGAUAAGGACAAGGAGUGGUCAAGGAACAAGGACAGGGAGCGGGAGAAGGAUAAGGAUAAGGAUCGCGAUAAGCACAAGAGCAGCUCUUCGCCGUCCCGCGAUAAGGACAGGGAUCGCGAGAAAGAUAAGCCAGCAGCAGUAGCAGCAAGGACAAAGACAAGGAUCGGAAGGAUCACGAUCGCAGCGACAAACAUUCUUCAGUAA